AUGACCGCUCAUCGCCACCCGACACCGCGGUCGCACCACGCAACUCACCUGCCGACGAAGCCGUACGAAUACAGCAAGAAGCUUGACCUGCUUUGCAGCCACGAUAUCCUCGCCAAGCGAACGUGUAGAGCGUUCGGGAAGUUCAGAGGCAGAUGGUACCACGCCUGCGCUCAACGACCGGGAUGCGGGUUCUGGGUGUGGGAAGAUGAGGCGGCCGCGGGGUCCCGAAGCUCAACCGAUCUGGGUGGGCGAGACGCUGCGCCCGCGCCUGCUCCGGCGACAGCUGACCGGAGGGAUGUAUCUCCGCCCCACAGCCUGGCGGACCGCAAGCUCACUCCCGACUCCGGCAGCAUGCGGAACACCCCGGCACCCGAGACAGCGCAAGGAGCGAACACACAGUCGACGGAUCGGGCUACGGCGGCUGCCCUGCAGCAGCUCCGCGACGAGAUUCUGCCCGAGGCCGAGUCCGCUGUCGAGGAGUGGAAGGAGAAGUACACGGCUACGAAGGCAGCCCUCGGCUUCGUCGAGAACCAGUACCUGGUCGUCAUUGCUGAGCGGGAUGCGCUGAAGCGCGAGAACGAACGGCUCAGGGCUCAGCUGAAGGAGAGAGCACUGCAGACCGGAGAGGAGCGAGGAGCUGAGAGGAGGGCGGAGGUUCGUCACGACGCUAGGCGGAUUCAGAACGGAGGUUUGAUCGGCGCGACUCUCUCGCCAUACUCUGACCUUCCUCACUCUACUCUCUCAGGCUUACACACUUUCAACACUCACAGGUCAACCUUAAGCUCAUUCUUGCAGUUCGCCCUCAGCCUUCUCAACCCAGGAGACCACAAUCGUCCCUUCGCUUAUGAAGGCAUUCUACUCUACCGCCCGGUGCCAGUGCUGAAGAUGGGUCCCAGUUGGGUCACAGAGCCUACUACCGCACGGAAGAUUGACCUCACCCUCGACGACGACGAGCCUAGGGUGAUUGAUCUGACAUCUCCAACCCAAACCGCUGCUCCCUCACGCACCGCAGCAAGCGCCUCUCUACUCCGCAGCAGCACGACAAGUGACACAGACGACCCCGAUGUUCCUCUUGCCCUUCUGAAAAGGAAAAGGAAGAAAGCUCGACCCGCUCAAGUUGCUGUCGCGGCUAUGGAAGGUAUCGGCGAGCGACCGCCUCUCAAGUGCAAUCACGGGCAACUAGCCGCCCGCAUGCAAGUUCGAAACUCUGCGACGGCUCAAUGUGGGGGGUACUACUGGAGCUGCUACCUUGCAGAUGGGCAUCCGGAUCGGUGCAACUUCCGACAGCGGGAGGACUUUCCCUCACACUCGGUCACCGCGCUUGCGCUCCCUACUACUACCGCUUCAACUUUCCUCCCGUACGGAGCGCCAACGGUGGCCAAGUCGUUGCCCGAGUAUCCGGAUCAGCCCGGUCCGUCGAGGCGUCAAGCCCCUGGGUCAAGUCAAGCUGGAAGCCUGGAACCCGCACACCUUACUCCCCAUCACCUGGCAACAGAGCAGCAAGCCGUCGGGCCGGAGCGUGGCCAUGGCACGGUGGAGGAACUACAGCGUCAGAAUGCGCGGCACCUAGAGACAAUUGAGCAGCUGCGGAGAACCAAUGAUAGCUUGCUGCUGGAGCUGCAGAUCGCUCGUGCGGAGAAGAAGUGA